AAGCUUCAAUCUAGUUCGCAAUGGCUGGAGGAAAAGGAAAGGCCGGAAAGGACUCCGGAAAGUCCAAAUCGAAGGUCGUAUCGAGAAGUGCUCGCGCUGGACUCCAAUUCCCUGUCGGACGUAUCCAUCGUUUCUUGAAGCAGAGAACCACUUCCAGCGGACGUGUCGGAGCUACUGCCGCAGUAUACAGCGCUGCCAUCCUCGAAUAUCUCACCGCCGAAGUCCUCGAGUUGGCCGGUAACGCCUCCAAGGAUCUUAAGGUGAAGCGUAUCACCCCAAGACAUCUUCAUCUUGCUAUCAGAGGAGACGAAGAGCUCGACACUCUCAUCAAGGCCACCAUCGCCGGAGGAGGAGUCAUCCCACACAUCCAUCGUUAUUUGAUGAACAAGAAGGGAGCCCCAGUCCCAGGAAAGCCAGGAGCUCCAGGACAAGGACCACAAUAAAUGCUGGACAUACCUCAAAUAUCUAAAUAAUCUAAUAUUUUUCUCAAUUUCACCAAAAAUUAAUCUCUCAUCUAUCACUCCCCAAUAGGCGACGAAUUAAUUUGAUCACUGCCUCAUCCAAUAUUCUUUUGUUUCAUUCCUCCAUUCACUUUUUAAAUUAAAUUUUGUAAAGCCAGAUACUCGGCCGCUACUCAGUCCCCAAUUCAACUCCAAGUUGACUAUGCUAACCGUCUGUAUAUCAAGCAUUUCAAAUGUUCCCACUUUUAAAUGAAUAAAGAUCUCGAAUGGAAA